AUGAGGUGAGCCUCCACUCUCCAAAACUCCAACGCACGGCUUCAGGUCCGUCGUCUUCGCACUCAGCGUUCUGCUCGUCAUCCAACUCGCUCGUGUUGGUUCCAACUCAAUCGAUUGCCUCAUUUUCCAAAGUCUUUAGUCCAUGAACCUCAAUCAGCGCCUCCCGGCUGUCAUCCAAGAGAUGAACAAAUACGACGUCACGUCCACACAGCAAGACAUAACCGUCGACGUCAGCUCCGAGGAAAAGCCUAGACUCGCAACGGAUAUUUGCAGGUUGUAAUGCCGCAUGCACAAGUUUUCAAUGGCCCCGUCACCGGGCUCGGCGACGCCAAGAGCAAGCAGAGAAUCGCCGUGCAGAUCAAGAACAUCGAGGACGCGCUCUCGAAAGGGGCCGGAAAACGUCAUCGUCGUGAAGCCAUCGACAUUGGUUCGACUUUUCUUUUUCUUCUUACUUUCCUGGAACAAAUCAGCAUGUUCUUCAUUUUCAGCUUUGAACGCCGCCAGAGCCUUCGACGGCGCUUUCGAAACUUUCAAGGACUACGACAUUUUCUUUGAAUAUUAG